CGCCAGGCCGAUCGGGCCUCCCAAGGGCAGGCAGCCAAGGGUUUGAUGCCAUGCCGCGCUUGCUUCCAUUAAUCCGGAAGUGGUUUUUCAGCCGUGUCGACACAGCUGUCAGGAACAUUUUCCUUUCAUGGCUCCUUAUUGUGUUUUCAAUUGCAGCAGGGAAGAGGGCCUUGGGCUAUGGACCCGCUCGCCCUGAAAAUUGGGCAACCCGAAGGAGGCACCCUGCAGAACCCGCUUUUGCGGAAGAUGAUGCACCCAGCUUGAAGUGCUUGCAGCUGACAUCAUGCCUUGAAGGAAGCAUUGAGAAACUCAUGCAGCCCUCUAGAGAUGGUCAGGGUUGGUGCGGCUUUUGUUCUGUCUGCAAGCGACCUCUAGAGGUCCGGGUGGCUGAUGGAACCAGGUCCGUGCGGCAUGACGUUGGAACGAGCGCACGUGGACGUUAUGCUUUCUUGAUCUGCUUAUGGGGAUCGUCAAAGGACUACGUCCUCGGAGCACUGGUCCUAGGCUUCUCCAUCAAGCGGACGAGAACCAAACAUUCCCUCGUUUGUUUGCACACUGAAGAUGUGUCUCCGGAGCACCUGAAGCUGCUGCAGAUCUUCUGGGAUUGCCGAUUGGUGGAGCACAUUGAGGUGGCGGCUGCCAAGCGGCUGAGCACAGAUGAUUUCAUCGAAGAGUCACGAUUCUUCAAAGUCUUCACUAAGCUCAGGGCCUUGGAGCAGGUGGAUUUUGAGAAGGUAUUGGUCAUGGACAUUGAUUUACUGGUCCUGUCAAGCGUUGACAAACUGUUUGAGCUACCAGCCCCGGCGGCCCUAAAACGGGGCAUGAACCGGGGCAAAUGGCCCUACAAGCAUGGUGAUGACAUUGAUGGAACCACAUUCUUUUCCGGAAGCGAGCCCGACAAGACCCAUUCCUGGGGGCAGGGCACCGGAAUCAAUGCGGGUGUGAUGUUGCUUGCGCCAAACAUGGCCGACUUCCUCCAAAUGCAGGCAGAAUUGAGGGAGCCAUGGCAUCCUGGCCAUGUCCGUGGAAACGGUCCAGAGCAGGACUAUUUGAGCCGCUUUUUUGCUGAUCGGCCAUGGAGGCACAUUUCAGUGGAAAACAAUUUCCAGGUGCACCACAUGUUCAAUGCUUUGCACCCAUGGCUGGGUGAUGCCGAACGGCUGGUGGUGUGUCAAAACUACCAGACCGUCCGCAUCGUCCACUUCUCGGGAGAUUCUGGAGUGAAGCCUUGGACACGCUGCUUGCAGAAAAGCUUUGGAUGGCCCAGCCGAGACCAAGAUGAGGAGUACAUGCAGUCGUUUCUCUCAGAUCAUCAUUCCUAUUUACUGUGGGUGAAGAAAGAUCCAGAGCGGUGGAGCAAGAUGGAGAGGAACAUGUUUGACGACAGCAGCCUCAGGGGCUUCAGCCUGGGUCAAGAUGGUGCCAUCUACUUUGAAGAUGAGAGUGGGAAGGUGCUGAAGGAGACGUCCCAGGAAGCCAUCACUGCAGUCAUGGAUGCCACGAGGUAUUUUCUCAAGUCCUGGUUUGACAUGCUAGAGGCUGCCGGAGCUUCGUUGCAGAGGAACUUGGUGGAAGAGUUGAUCUCAGACCAAGCUGUUCCUUCAGGCAGUUCCGACCCGUGGCAAGGCAGGAACGACCCCUGGCAGGGUGGCAACGACGCUUGGAGAGGCAGCAAGGGCUCUUGGCAGGAAGGCAAUGACGCUUGGAGAGGCGCUUGGCAGGCAGGCGAUGACGCUUGGAGAGGCGGGAAGGACUCUUGGAAGGAAGGCGAUGACGCUUGGAGAGGAGGCCGCAAUGACUCCUGGCAGGAAGGCGUCGACGCUUGGAGAGGCGGCAAGGACUCUUGGCAGGAAGGCGAUGACGGUUGGAGAGGCGGAAGUGAGAACAAGAGCGGCUCAGGGUGUGAAGAAAUUGCCAAAGAUGAGGCCUGGAGCCACUACAAUGGUCUUGAAGAACUCGCACGGCCUCACCGACCAAAAGGUUGGGAGCUGCAACAGACAUGGCCGCCCAAAAAGCUCAAGGAUUAUGUGUGGGUUGAGUGCAUCACCCUCAGGGCUUCGCCAGAGGUGGUUCUGGAUGAUGGAUGCGGAAUGAACUGCGGGUUCAUCGGGGUUGGGGUCGAACUCGAUUCCGUGAAGGCCGAGAUUCGCUUUCUUGGACGUGACUUCAAAGAAGUGGUCCACGCUGAUGCCAAAGAUCAGGAGAUCCGAGGACUUUACGUGAAAGAUGCCACAAGAGCAGUGAGGAACUAUUCGACGGAGGAAGAGGACUUGAAAAAUUUGGGAUUUUUUGUUGACGCAAUUCAGAUGGGUGAUUUUCUUCUGUGUGCCGCCAUGGGCCUUGAACAAGAGGCUUUGCAAAAGGUCCUGAAGGCCCUGGGCAGUAAGACGCAGGUGCCACACAACCCAGGAGCAAUGGCAGUUGCUUGGGUCAGAGGAAGAAAACCUAAGGUCAGAUUUGGACCAAUCAAGGCAUUUGCUGACACAACAUGAACUCCAUGACCGGCAGGUAACCUCUGGAUGGCAGUGGAGCAGGUCGACCUCAAGUACAGUGGAGCCCCCGCUUGGCGAGGUCAAAUGCUGCGAGGUUGGUGCGUGAAAAGGCAUUGAGAGAAGUGCAGAUUUACGGUGCGAACAUAUCUAAGGUAUUCAUCUAAAGAUAUCUAAGGUGAAGUUAGGCUCGAUGCAGUUCAUAUUUUGUUGGACAUCGUCAGCGCUUGUCGGCGUCGGCACUGCCAAAGUGAGUCAACCUCUCGGGCAGUAUUUUGAGUUGAUGAGCUUUGUGCGGUCCGUUCAAGGAACAUGCCGGCUCAGA